AUGAAGACUCUUAACGACGAGAAAGGAACUUUAUAUAAUAAUAAUAAUAAUAAUAAUAAUAAUAAUAAUAAUAAUAAUAAUAAUAAUAAUAAUAAUAAUAAUAAUAAUUGCGUAUUUAUAAAUUUGACAAAUAAGGGGAAUGUUUAUUUUUCACAAGAUUUACGUAGUUUAAUGUGUGUUAUUCACAUGUUAAGACUAAAAAAAGUAUCAUCCUAUGAUCAUGAAACUAAUUUCAGUUGA